AUGGCUGAUCCUACGAACCUAGAAUUCUUUAUAGGAUUCGUAGUAUCAAUAUUAGCCUCGAUAAUGUACGCAGCAGGUUUAAAUCUGUUAAAAGCAGAUCAUGUAAAAAAUUCGGCAUUACCCAAAGAAAAGCAACGAGUUGAUUGUAGCAGGCCACUAUGGCAUUUAGGUUUAUACUUGUAUAUUGUAAGUCAGGCCGUUGGAAGUACGAUAGCAUUAAAUUAUUUGAAGACUCAGUGGGUUGCGCCACUCGGAUCUGUAUCGUUGAUAUUUAAUUUCAUUUUUGCAAAGAUGCUUGUCGGAACGCAGAUCACACAACGAGAUAUUUUAGGAACGAUUAUUGUAUUAAUUUCAGUAUGUUGGGUAGUUUUCUUUGGAGGUCUAAAUAACAGUCAUAUUGGACUAUAUUUCGAUGGGGUAUUAUUAAAUGAGAAACGUAAAGAACGUAAGGGAUUUUUUAAAAAUGUUGAAAUGGCUCGUCUCAAGAUAUAUUGCGGUAUGAUUAUGGCCACGGUCGCUGGAUUAUAUGCCAGUCAAACUCUCCUUUUGGCAAAGUCUGGCGUGAAAUUGUUUUUUGUUUCCAUAUCAACUCGGGUUAAUCAAUUCACUGACCUGACCGGAUGGUUUGUCCUAUUAUUUCUUAUAAUAACCGCAUUUACUCAGGAAGUACCAUCUUCAGAAACCGAAGAUGAAAAUUCGAUUCACGGAGAUGAUGAUGAUAAAUCAUUUAGUGGGUUUAGUUCAUGGAGUGGGGAUUCUUUCUUUAACAAGAAAUCAAAUCCAACCGGAGUUGGAAGAAAAAAGUGGACGGGUGGUGGGAUUAGAGGUUUAUUCAAGAAAAACGGUGACAGCAACAUACAAGGCGAGAAAGGGGGUGUAAAAAGGGAAUUUAAAAAAUUCGGGUUGAAAGAAGAAAAGAUUAAAAGUAUGUUUUUAUUCAUAGGAUUUAAAACGUUUUAUUAUAACAAUUCUGUCAAUAGCGAUGGUAUCGGAAUCGGAAAGAAGGAAUGGAGCGGUGAUUUGGGUAGUAUUAUUAAUUUAGAUAAACUUGUUACUGAAAAUUUAAAUGAGAAGAAAACUUUCGCUGAAAAUGUCGAAAAAGGUGGUUUUGCCGUUUGA